CUGCAGGAACAGAAUAUGAUUGCGGCGUGAAGCGCGUGCGCACAGCACAGACCACAGAGCACCGUGCGCGCGCUCCGAGCUGGAGUCUGUCGCACCGCGAAAAGGGUGAUCAAGUGCUCGGGGCGCAUCCUCCAGGACCAGGUUCACCGAAUACCGUUAGCGGGGCCGCUGACAGCCUGCCAGCUGCAUCCCCAAUACUUCCCUCAGGCGUCCCUUACCCACCACUUGCUUGCACUGAAAAUAAUCACUGCGAUAGUAACAAAGAAUCCUUAAACGGCGUCUCGGUUUUUUGCAGGCGGCCGAAGGUCCCCUUCCUGGGCUCUGCACUUGCGAGCCCCCUGGCGGGCCCGGGGCUCCUGGAUCGCGCCCCUCUCCAGCCGUACUUCUCGGACGCCUUGCCCCCAUCACCCCUGCCUCCCAGACCGUGCGACCCCGUUUGGCCUUCGCGGCCUCCCGGCCCCAACUCUGCACUGCUCCGCGCGACCCCGCCUCCGGAUCCCCGGCAGGGCUCCUUCUCUUUCCGCGCCCCGCAGCGGGGCGGGGCGGGGCGGCGCAGGGGGCGGGAUUUUCUGGCACCUUCUGGGCGCCGCGAACGCUCGGAUCUCGGGCUCGGAGGCCGGAAACGUCGCUACGGAGCCGCAGGGCAUCCCGCACGGAGGCCCUUUCUUGUUCUCCGCGGAGGCCGCUCCGUCAGCGUAGACAUGGCCAAAUGGGGCCAGGGGGACCCGCGCUGGAUCGUGGAGGAGCGGGAGGACGGGACCAAUGUGAACAACUGGCACUGGACAGAGCGGGAUGCUACCAGCUUGUCCAAGGGGAAGCUCCGCAACCUCCUGGUGGGCAUCGUCGUGGAGAAUGAGACUGGACACCGUGUGAUCAGUGAGCUGAGGCAGGUAGAAGCAGUGAGCCCCAGAGGUGGCAAGUGGGACCCUCUGGGGAAGAGUCAACACUGUGUAAUUAAAGAAUCUGGUGCAAAGCACAAGGGAUUGAUUGAAAUACUCAGCCUUUCUGAAGAAAAUGAAGUAGAUGACACCGAGAUGAACGUGAGUAAAAAGAAAGGAGAUGGGGAUAUACGGAAGGAUCUUAUGAAAACCGCAGGUACCGCCAAGUUAUCCUUUGGAACAUCUACUCUUCUUGAGAUUCAGGCUUCAUCUCGAACGGGUUUGGGUGUGAGGAUCCCCACGGUGACACUGCACAUGACCGAACUGUUUGACCCAACUGUAGAGCAGCUGUACAGCAUCUUCACUGUGAAAGAUCUGGUGCAGAAAUUUUCUAAAUCUCUUGCUAUAUUAGCUGAAAAAAGAGGGACAUUCCAAAUGUUUGAUGGGAACAUCACCGGCGAAUAUGUAGAAUUGUUGACAAAUAAAAAGAUCGUCAUGAAAUGGAGACAUAGAAACUGGCCAGAAGGUAUGUUAGUAGUAUCCUUUGUUAUAAGAAUUGGGAAACACUCAAGAUUUCUCCCCCCACCCCCACUGUAAUAAGCCAGUCGUAGUACUGUAUGGAUAGUUUUCAUAAUGCAGUAAUAAGCUCCUUCUUUUUCUUCUAGAACACCAUGCGACAGUUGCACUGAGUUUUGUGCCUACUCCAGGGCAAACGGAAUUGCAGUUGGACUGUAAAGGAGUUCCUGUUUGUAAAGAAGAGGGCAUGAAAUCCUGUGGGCAGAAGCAGCAUUUUGAAGAAAUAAAAUGUUUACUGAAGCUGA